GGAAGGGAUGCGGAGGCUGCACGCAGCCCUGGGUUUGCAGGCGUAUGGAAGUUGUCGAAAUAGGUAAAGGGUCGAAACUGGCAUUUGGGAAAUGGUAACUAUUUCUUUAGUUACUUAUAUGAUGGACAAAAAUAAGGGAAAACUGGGCCACUAAGAAUUUUUCCUGUUUUGCAGUUUGCUGUCAGCAGAAGGUAAAACAUGUCCUUGAAGAUAUACAAUUUUACAUAAACAGCUGAUGUUUACAUAAGCCUAGAUAAGUUUGUGAAAAACACAGAUCGCAGAAGAUGCGGUUUAGCUGAACUCUGCUAUCCUGCUGUUUGUCCGUGUAAUAAAUGAUCUCUUUUUUUUCUGUAUUGUUGCAGCGUAAGAACAAAGUGAGCAGCUGCACCUCUACCAAAGCCACCACCUGCGUUCCUCCUCUCCUCUGGAAUGGACAAUGGGAUGGUCUCUGGCUUUAUCAUGAUCAAAAACUUCUUCCUCUUCUGCGUUUCCAUGAGUUUGGCCAGCCACUUUGGCUUCUCACAAACGCCAACAGCAUCGGGGAAAGAGGACACCAAUGAUAACAUCACUAUAUUUACCAGGAUCUUGGAUGGUCUGCUGGACGGCUACGACAAUCGACUGCGCCCGGGACUUGGAGAGAGAAUAACUCAGGUGAAAACAGACAUCUAUGUUACCAGUUUUGGCCCUGUGUCAGACACAGAAAUGGAAUACACCAUUGACGUCUUUUUUCGACAAAGUUGGAAAGACGAAAGGUUGCGAUUCAAAGGCCCUAUGCAACGCCUCCCUCUUAACAACCUGCUCGCCAGUAAGAUUUGGACCCCGGACACUUUUUUCCACAAUGGCAAGAAGUCUAUCGCUCACAACAUGACAACCCCAAACAAACUUCUGCGCCUGGAGGAUGAUGGCACCCUGCUGUAUACCAUGAGAUUGACCAUCUCUGCUGAAUGCCCCAUGCAGCUUGAAGAUUUCCCCAUGGAUGCACAUGCUUGCCCGUUAAAAUUCGGAAGCUAUGCUUACCCCAAUUCUGAAGUCAUCUAUGUCUGGACUAAUAGCACCACAACGUCUGUGGUGGUGGCCGAAGACGGUUCACGACUUAACCAGUACCACUUGAUGGGACAGACCGUGGGAACUGAAAACAUCAGCACCAGCACAGGUAGGGAGAGUAUUUCCGCUGCUUGCUGGUAGCUGGAGCAGGAGGAGAGAUCUCCUGGCUCCGGUUAUUUUGCAGGGAAGCAUCUGUGGGAUGCGGGGUGCUAG